UGGCCCCGGCACCUGGUGUCGUCCAUCGGCCUAUGUCGCUAUGGUGGAAGGAUCGACUGCUGCUGGGGCUGGGCUCGCCAGGCCUGGGGACAGUGUCAGCCUGUAUGCCAACCGCAGUGCAAACACGGCGAGUGCAUCGGGCCAAACAAGUGCAAGUGUCACCCUGGAUACGCCGGGAAGACCUGCAAUCAAGACGAGCACAUCUACCCAACUCCUCUUGACCAAGGCAGUGAACAGCCUCUUUUCCAACCCCCGGAUCGUCAAGUCACAAGUUUACCUUCACGGGACCUCAACGAGUGUGGCCUGAAGCCACGGCCCUGUAAGCACAGGUGCAUGAACACGUAUGGCAGCUACAAGUGCUACUGUCUCCACGGGUACAUGCUCCUGCCCGAUGGCUCCUGCUCAGGUGCCCUGACAUGCUCCAUGGCCAACUGUCAGUAUGGCUGUGAUGUGGUCAAAGGCCGGGUUCGAUGCCAGUGCCCUGCUCCUGGCCUGCAGCUGGCUCCCGACGGGAGGACCUGUGUGGAUGUUGACGAAUGCGCCACGGGAAGAGCCUCCUGCCCGAGGUUCCGGCAGUGUGUCAACACCUUCGGGAGUUACAUCUGCAAGUGCCACACAGGCUUCGACCUCAUGUACAUCGGGGGCAGAUACCAGUGUCACGACGUGGACGAGUGCGCGCUCGGUCAGCACCAGUGCAGCAGCUUCGCUCAGUGUCACAACGUCCACGGGUCCUACACGUGCACGUGCAGAGAUGGGUACCGCGGCGACGGGCGGACGUGCGUGUAUAUUCCAAGAGUCAUGAUUGAGCCUUCAGGUCCAGUUCACACACCGAAGGGAAACGGCACCAUUUUAAAGGGUGAUGGAGGACAAAGCAACUGGAUCCCUGAUGUUGGAAGCACUAGGUGGCCUCUGGAGACACCCUACGCGCCCCCUGUCACCAACAGGCCCACUUCCAGGCCAACGGCGGGACCUACAUCAAAGCCAGCACCACAGCCCUCUCCACCACCACCACCACCCCUAACAGAGCUCAGGACCCUGGCACCAUUGCCAACCCCAGAGAGGCCCACCACACCGGCAACUACAGUGCCGGCUGCCAGCACCUCUCCAAGAGGGAUGACCAUUGGCAACAGGAUACAGACAGACCCGCAGAAGCCCAGAGGAGAUGUGUUCAUUCCACGGCAGCCUUCCAACGACUUGUUUGAAACAUUCGAGAUUGAAAGAGGAGUCAGCGCGGACGACGAGGCGAGGGAUGACCCAGGUGUUCUGGUGCACAGCUGCAAUUUUGACCAUGGACUUUGUGGCUGGGUCAGGGAAAAGGACAGUGGCCUGCACUGGGAGCCGAUCAGGGACCCGGCAGGUGGGCAGUACCUGACGGUGGCGGCCAAGGCCCCCGGGGGCAAAGCAGCUCGCCUGGUGCUACCUCUCGGCCACCUCAUGCAAGCAGGCGACCUGUGCCUGUCGUUCAGGCACAAGGUGGCCGGGCCGCGCUCCGGCACGCUGCAGGUGUUGGUGCGACGGCCCGGCGCCCACGGAGCAGCCCUGUGGGGCCGGAGCGGCGGCCACGCGAGGCACACGCAGAUCACCUUGCGCGGGGCCGACGUCAGGAGCGUCACCUUCAAGGGCGAGAAGGGGCGCGGGCCCGCUGGGGAGAUCGGCCUGGACGACGUGAGCUUGAGGAAAGGCCGCUGCGCGGAGGGGCGCUGAGAGCUCCAGCCCGCCGGACCCACCUGCUCCCUCGUCCAACCCUCCCUGCCCUUCUCAGCCUCCUCGCCAGGCCCAGGAGAGUGGCCAGGAGGUCCGGGCAGCCGCCACGUCCGCUGGCCCACUUCUGUGCCAUCCCAGUGGACAGUGACACCCAGAGGCACCUGAGGACGUUAAGCCACCCUCGGAUGUCACCUGACCACCCAUGUCCCUUUUAUGAAGGCUUCGGCAUGUCACCAUCAUCCUGAUGGCUGGGCGCUCCUCAGAGCAAACUGUGGGAGCAAAUUAUGGGACAGAUUUUCAGAGAGCUGUGCACGUGGCCGUUCUCUGGUCUGUUCCGUGUUCCCAGCAGCAGCGACCUCCCCGGGAUGCUGUGUACGCGUGCACGUGACGUCAGCUCCCCGUGUUAAUUCUGGCCUGCCCGGCACUCCGCUGGUGCUGCUGUUCACUUUAUCAAAGAAGGGCGUGUAACAUAGCGAGGUGCAUAUAUUCUCGUUCCCUGAACUUCCCUUUCGGUCUGGUUAGGUAGAGUGGGCACGUGGCCCUCCUAGUGGUAUCGUGUUUGUGUCCACGUGAUAUUACGUAUUUAUGUGGUCCUGACGGUUACAGACUCUAGGCGCAAGGCAAAAAGCAGCUUGUGGUCUCUCGAGUUGAAACAUCCAUAGCAAAACAUCACCCAGUCCUGUGACCUUACCGUGGCAGCCAGAGGACGCAGCAGAGGUUUCCGGUGGUGGUGACUUUAUAAAUGGCCUCGAGUUUGAUCUUUACUAAGGAUAGUAAGCCAUUUAGGGCAGUGAAGCUGCAGGAACUCUGUCACGUGGAGAACUCACCGUUUCAGGUCGUUCAGGACUGACAGCCUUCACUACUGCAGUGGCAUGGCUCCCUGGCCAUCGGUAAGGAGCUUUUUGUGGUUCUGGUUGUUUCGGAGAAAGGGUUUUGUUUAGGGUAGCAGGUGAGAGGAAGCCCAGGGGACGCACCACCAGGACAGCCUUCAUAGGAAGUUUUAGAUGGGCUUCUCUACAGCGUCAGGGCUCCUGACCACACUCUUAGAGGGGCUGGGGAGCCAGCCUGUGCUCGGGCCUGGGGGCGCUGGAAUGGGGCUCACCUGGGGGGGGGGGCAGGAUGAGAUUAGAAUUCCAAGGUCCGCGGACUUCCCCGCAUCACCUACCUUUAUAUUCUAAAGUAUAUACCUUUUAAAAGGCAAACUCUGAGGUUUUUCUUUUUUUCUGAUUUAAGUAGUCAAACUCUUUUCUGCCGUUUUUGCCAGCAGUCACAAAGGUGUGUAAAGGGUCGGGGGAGAGGGGAGCUCUCUAAAGAAACAUUACGGGAACCGGGGUUUUUCAGCCCGAAGGGAAGGGAAGGCACCCGUGGUGUUCGUGUGUGUGAGGGCCGGUGCAGCGAGAUCAGUGACCAGCUGUUCUCCGUGGGCACUGAGGACAGCCAGGAAGCAGGCCAGCGUUAGGGCGUGAGGGAGCAGUUCCUGGCAGGAACCGUUGUUAAAUUAGAAUCCUUUAUAAAAAAGGAGAGAGAAGUGUGAAAAUCUCUCCCUCCCCCCAUCUUGACUUUAUAAAAAGUAUCUAUAAAUGUUGAUGUAUUCCAAAAUAGGUAAAGGUAUUACCUACAAGUCAAGUGACGAAUUAUGAAACUUCUCCAAAGACGUUUCUUCCCUUUUCUAGCAUGCCACGAGAUUCCCAGAACGAGGUCAUCUGGACCAGGCUCUAAUUUAGGCAUCUCCCUCUUGGUCGUCUGACAGAGAGGGCUCAAAGGGGAAGAGCCCCCAGAUGCUGAGCUCGCUAAAUUGCCUCUCCCUGAUGGCAAGCCUCGCAGUAUUGAAGCAAAAAGCAUUAAACAACAAAAAUCUAUUUAUUCCAAAAAGAGUGUGAGGAACAGAUAUUAAUAGUCUUAACAUCUUAGCAAUGACCUGAUGUUGUGGCUCUUUACAUAUUUUUUUUUCUUGCUAAAGAGAGCAACCUUUCACUACCCAGUGGAUGAUGUU